AUGAGAGUUUUAUUCAUUUUAUUUUUAUUUUAUUUUUACACAUAUACAGAAGCACAACAAUAUUAUCCAAUCGAUCCAACAGGAAAAUGUGAACAAUAUAUUGGAGACUCUGUAAUAACACCAUGUAAUUCAAUAUAUGUUUCAUCAACAGCAAAUCAAUCAACAGCAAUGUUAUCAUUAAAUUUAUAUUUUUCAUUAUUAGGAGGUAGUUCAGCAUCAUGCCAAAAUGCAUAUACUUUUGCCACGUUAUGUUCAACAUAUUUACCAGAAUGUGAAAUUUUCAUAGAUAAUAGUACAAAUAAAGAGAUUGCAAUGCCAAAAAGAGUUUGUUUGGAUACUUGUAAUAGUGUUUCAAAAAAUUGUCAAAUUACAAGUUAUUUUGAUUGUAAUCAAUUGGAACCAAUUAGUAAAUUACCUUUAUUUCCAAAAGAAUCAUCAGAUUAUAAUUUAACAACAUAUGGAGGAGAAUUAAAUUAUAGAUUAGAUUGUUAUGAUCCACCAAAAUCAAAUGAAACCACUGUAAUUGGUUAUUGCCCAUUUCCAUUAGUUUUUAGAAAUAGAACAAUUGUUGGAAAAGGAAGUGAUUCACUUGAUAAUAGUGAAAACUAUGGAUAUACAUAUGUUAGUGAGGAUAGUUAUUGUACAAUUCCAUGUCCAGCACCAAUUUUCUCAGAGAAACAAUGGGAUAAUAUUUUCGAUACAAGUGAUGCAAUUUCAUUGGUUUCACUACUUUGUUCAGUUUACUUAUUCAUAACAUAUAUGGUAAUAAAUCCAAAAAGAAAUAAAUAUGAUUAUUUCUUUAGUUUUUUCGUACUAAGUAUUAUUUUAAUGUCGAUAGCUGGUACAAUUGGAUUUUCAGUUGGUGGAACGAGAAAACUUCUCUGUCCAGAGAUAAAUCGUAGAGGUGUAUAUACAGAUCCAGCAGUUGCUGCAGCUGGUUGGAUUUUUCAAUUUGCAAUUAUAAAUGCAAUUCUAUGGUUUUCAAUCAAUUCUUUUGAAUUAUGGUUCCAAAUUAAAUUUAUAAAGAGAAAAUUACAUUUAAUAAAGUUUUACAUUCUUGCAGUUUUAGUAAUUUCAAUUGCACUAUCAGUACCACUUUCGGCUAUAGGUGAGUUUAAUGCUGGUUUGGGUAAUUUUGUAGUUUGGAUUGAAUCUGGAAAAUAUCAAAAUUGGUUUUUCUGGGGUCCCUUAGGUAUAGUUUUAACAGUAGGUACAACUUUUAUUGGUUUAGUUAUUUGGGAAAUUUAUAAAAUUGUUUCUUCAACAAAUAAAAGUGAUUUUUUCAAAUUACAAUUAAAACCUUUAAUGAAUAUGUUGUUAAUUUAUCUUACAUUUGUUUAUUUAUUUGGUUAUAAUUUUUAUAUUCAUAAUUCUUUAAAUGGUUUCUAUGGUUCAUCAGAAGAGUUUAAAAAUUGUAUAAUUUCAACAGAUGGUAAAGAUUGCAGAAUUCAGGGUCCUCCAUAUAGUUCAAUUUUAAUGUUUGUUUUUUGUCUUAGAAUUUAUGGAGUGUAUUGCAUUGCAUUAUAUGGGUUUUCACCUAAAACUAGAUCAAUUUGGUCAAAUUCUAUUGUUUUCAAUAAUUCAAUGGCAAAUAAACUCAAAACUUUGUAUAUUAGCAGUGGAACUACCAAGGGAGGAACAUCAUCAACUGAUAUAAAAAUGUCAACAAAUAAUAAUUCAAAUAUGGAUAGUGGGGGUGGUAAAAGUAGUUCAAUGGAACCAGAUGAAAUAAUAUUACGUUAA